UCCCGUGCGCAAGCGCGUGCUCGUGAGAGCUGAGUUGGAGGAUCAUGGCGGAGCGCAGGAGGCACAAGAAACGGGUCCAGGAGGUGAGUGAGCCCACCAAGGAGGAGAAGGCAGUGGCCAAGUACCUCCGCUUCAACUGUCCAACCAAGUCCACAAACAUGAUGGGCCAUCGUGUAGACUACUUCAUCGCCUCUAAAGCAGUGGACUGUCUGAUGGACUCCAAAUGGGCCAUAGCCAAAAAGGGAGAAGAGGCCGUGUUCACCCACAGAGACUCUGUGGUCGACUACUGCAACAGACUCCUGAAGAAGCAGUUUUUCCACCGUGCUCUCAAAGUGAUGAAGAAAAAGCCUGAGAAAGACGUGAAGAAGGAGAAAGAAAAAGAAAAAGUGAAAGGAGACAGCGGCAAAGAGGAGGAGAAGAAGAGCAAGAAAGACAAGAAGAAGGAACUGGAGGACAAGAAAGAGAAGGAGAAGGAGAAGACUGACGACAGCCCUGGUACGCCUAAAAAGAAGAAGGAAACAAAAAAGAAGUUUAAACUUGAGCCUCAUGAAGACCAACUGUUCCUGGAUGGGAACGAGGUGUAUGUGUGGAUUUAUGACCCUGUACAUUUUAAGACCUUUGCCAUGGGACUCAUUCUUGUGAUCGCGGUGAUAGCAGCCACUCUGUUCCCUCUGUGGCCAGCUGAGAUGAGGGUGGGGGUCUAUUACCUCAGUGUGGCGGCUGGGUGCUUCGUGGCCAGUAUUUUACUCCUUGCUGUCGCCCGUUGUAUCCUGUUCCUAAUCAUCUGGCUGUUCUCGGGCGGGCGUCAUCACUUCUGGUUCCUGCCAAACCUCACAGCGGACGUGGGCUUCAUCGACUCCUUCAGACCCCUGUACACCCACGAAUACAAGGGCCCCAAGUCCUCUUCCUCCAAGAAGAACAACCAGGAUAAAAUUGAUGACAAGACCGCCAGUACCUCCGCCAUAGUCCCCAAAUCGGACAGCGACAAAUCAGACAGUGAGAAGAAAGAAGACGAAGAUGAGGACGAAGAAGAGGAGGCAAGGGAGGAAGGGUUAGAGGAAGAGGGGGCGGGGCUAGAAGAGGAAGGGACGGGCCUAGAGCGGCAAUCGGACACGGAUAGUGACAGGCGGGAAGACGAGGGAUCGCAACACAGUAACGGGAAUGAUUUUGAAAUGAUCACCAGAGAAGAGCUAGAGCAACAUACAGAGGAGGAAGAGGAGGAAGGAGAGGAGGAAGAGGAGGAAGAGGAGAAGGAGGGCGAAACGAAAACUUGUCAAUCAUAAACUUUAAAGACCGUUCGCCGUCAUGACUUCUUCUGUCCCCUUUCACGACAUUGUGUUUAGAUCUUUCACUAAACAUGACCGCAGACCAAGCCCAGUGUAAAGUCAAUGCCAUAAGGACAAAUGGUGGAAAACUUGUAAAAAUAAAAAAAAAGAAGCCUUAUUUUGGUGGAUUUGACGCCAAAAUGUUAUUUAAAACUGCCACUGGACACCCGCGUGUUUGCCCGAAGAAACCCACAACCGCAAGACAAUGUUUAAGCAUUUUUCACAUACAGUAAUUUAAACUCAGAAAUAUGUUGUUUUGUUUUUAGACAUUUAUCAUCAUCAUUCAUCAGGGUCAAGAGUUGAGGCGUAGGUUACAAAAUACUGACUUUACCACCCAAAAGUCCACAGAACACUUUAUGGCCCCUUUCACACCUGUAGUGCUGUAGAUUUCAAACUAUGGCUACAGUUCUUUUGUUGCUAUAAUAAUUACAAAAUUCAAAGAAAAUGAUAUCUUUUGAAUGGUUAAAAGCCAUUACAAAGUCCUUCAUAUAUCAUUCUCUAAGACAUAGCUCACAGUGCUAAAAAUCAUAUGUUUUCACUUGGUUUGUUAGCAUAUGGUUGCUUGCGGUAUUUUUUUGUAUUUAAAAAAAAAAUCUGCUUCUUCUAUUUGAAUAUUUCUUCAAAGGUAUACUAUGUAACUUUUUUUGUGGAAAUGUUAUAGUUUAGCCUAGAAUGUUCCACAGUAUGGUAUAAACUUCCAUUUCAGGUGUUUUCAUUGCUUAAAUAAUAUCUUGAAAAACAUAAAAAUAUUCUUAGUGCGAGUGGGGACACCUCUCCACAGAUCUAACCUGUAACUAGGACUAAUGGUGUCAUCUGCUUGUGUGCAUGGAGAGAUUAAUGUCUGUGGAACAUUUCUGGUAAUUCACUGAUCUCCAUGGAGACAAGCACGUUGACCAGAAAAGUCGCACGCUGCUUUAAAAUGUACCUAGCUGUCUGUAUGUUUAGUAUCGUCCGAUAAAUUGGCAUCAUGAAAUUUUUGAAUAGGCACAAUAACUUUUUAACUUUAUGGUGAUAUCAUAUAAUAAUUUAUUGAGACAAUCUUUCAUUCUUUUCAAUGAGCUUUGUAAUUCUAAAAAAACUGAAUAAAAAAUGACUCAGCUUGUCAUGGCAUGGUUGGCUUACGCAGGUGGAAGCUAACUCGAAUAAUUCAUAUUUUUGUUCUAAUUUGUGACACAGCUGAGACUUGAACCAGGAAGCUUUUAGUUAAGGGCUAAGUGUUCUUUUUUCUGACCCUAUUAUUCCCCAUUACUGAAUUUUCUUGUAUAAAACGCCAUAAAAAGAUCAAUGAACCUGCAACGUUAGGUAUGAAGGGGGCCAUUUUGAGUUUUUGAAGUCCGUGAGAUUAGUCUUUGGUGAAAAACGAUUACAUAACUGUUAUUUUGUUAAACAGCUGUAGAGUCUGGAUUCUUUCUCAGACUCUCCUCACGUGGACCAGCACUUCACAAACUAAACCAGAUGGACCAAAAGCCUGUAUUUAACUCAAAGGAAACCAUAACAGGUAGUUGACCCCAUGAAUGUUUUGCAAAAAAAAAAACAACACAUUAUCAUAAUCUUGGUCAGUCUUGUUUUUGUCAUCAAAAAUAAAUGGGAUCUAGCUGGUCAUUUGUUUUGGGAAAAGCAAAAAGCAAAUUUAACUUUGGAUCAUAAGUUCUCACUGGUCAAACGCUCUAGUGCCAAACAAUUGAUAAUGUCCUACUUACGCUACAGAAAAUACAAAAUACAUUUAUCAAUUCUUUUAUAUUCAUGUUGAUACAAUCCAGCAAAGAUUUUGAGCAGGUUUGAUGUCCACAAAAAUGCAGUUACAAGGGUAUUUAUUCAAACCAAACCAUUUAUAAUUGGUCUAACUCCUUGUGGUUGGAGUUGGUAUUUCUUUUUUUUAUACAAUAUUACAGAAUUUACUGCAGAUGGUUGAAUUAGCUUAAUAUUUUCUCAAAUUUUACGCAAAUGUGAAAUGUGCUAACAACCCAACAAAUUAACCAGAAUUUGAAUGUAAUUUUGACAGAAUUUGAAUCAAUCUUUUCCAAAUCGUUUUUAAUUUUCAGCUUUUCCACACACAUUUACCUGCUCAAGACAUUUGCCGAUAAUUGUAGCUCGUUAAAAUCCACUUGUUUGUUCAAUUCAAUAUUGUUAAAUGCUUCUCAAACCAAAUAACGAUUUCACAGGUUCUUUAGCCAUAACAGUGAGUCAAAUAUUUAAGUCUAAACAUAGAAACUGAUCAUUUAUAUAUGAAUUAUAUUGAAAGAUAAAUGUAUACACGUCUAGUUUAUAAAUCUUUCUUUUCUAUGCAUUAACAGCUCCCAUUUUAUUCCCCACCACUUUGAUUCAGUUUUGUAAUUUCUGGUGUAUGUUUUAUGUAAGUUUCGAGUUAGUGAGCGUUUUUUAUUAUUUAAAUGUAUUUUGUUCCUGUCAUAACUCAUGUUUUGGUCAAUAUUUAACUUUUGCCAUUACAAAACCAUAAACUUACAAAACACGGGCCGCAACUCUUCAUUUCCCAUUGUUUUUUUAUGGCCAUUAUGAACCAGCGUUUUAAAGGUGCAGUAAAAAUGAUAAAACAGCCAUAACAUUAAGACCACUGACCGAUAUCUCAUGUAUAUGUAACUGCUUUGCCUGAAAUGCUCUGCAGUAUGAAGAUAUACGUUAAAUGUCAUACUGUGGAACAUUCCUGACAAAGCAAUAAUCUCUCCAUGGAAAUGAGAACGUCCUCCACCAAAAAAGGUACAUAGUAAAAGACAAAAGUAAUCUACUAAUGGACAAGCAAAGUUUAAUACUUUUAGUUCCACAAGGGCCAUUAAAAUGUGUCAGUCUGGUUCAGAGCAUCUCCAAAACUGCUAUGUUGGAUUUUCCCUCUGCAGUAUUCAAUCAAAAUAACGUAACCAUUUAAAAUUACAGAGGUCAUAAUGCUAUACCUUAUUUGGGACUUAGGGACCCAGAAUUGGAACCUCUACCUAUCAAUUCAUAUUAGAGGGUCCACGUGAAACCUUUUUGCCCCGGGUCCCCAAAUUUCUGUCGACAGGCCUGAAUUUAUGUUUACAUUACAAUAAAAUUAGCUGAGUCAAUUACUGGGACAAUUACUUCAAAGUAUUUCUUCCCCUCUUAUCUAUGUCGUGACCUCAACCAGCAUUACCCAGCCAAUUCUUUUUUUUUUUACAUUUUUUAAUUUAAAUUUGGCAGUGUCCAUGCUAGCUGCCCUAUAUAUUACAAAUAGCCAGUCGUUGCCCUAGAAACUGGUGUGAACAUUUCAGAAUGAGACUCAUUUUGGUUGUAUGUUGCACAGUAUGGAUCUGUCUUAUGUUGUAGUAUUACUUUUAAUGCUGCUGCUUUCACUGCACAAUUCUGGGAGAAAAGUAAAAAUGUACAAAUGUUUUAUCUCUGUGUCUUUCUGAUCACCUAGUUGUUUCACAACUGGGUGUAUUCUUCUUAUGACUGUCUCAUGCAAUAUUAUUAUUAGAGUAUAAUUUAAUAAAAAAUUGGAUGUCUGAAAAUAUAUAUGUAUCUUAUCAUUGCAAUAAAAAUAUACAAAGCA